AUGAGUAGUUUGGAAUGUUCUCUUUGUCAUAGUGUGUUUCAUAAGCCUGUUAUUAUUCCCUGUGGUCAUACUUUUGACGAAAUUUGCACUCAACAAUACAUCAAUUAUCACAGAGGAACCUCGGCAAGCAAUGAAUUUGCCUGUCCGUUAUGUCGCACUUUACUAGACAUCAAUAUUCCAUUGGUUUUGAAUCAAAGUGUACGCACAAUAAUACACUCAAAAUCAAUAACCGAAGUCUACUUGAUUGAUAUUGCAACUAUGGAACAACAACAAUUAGUACGUUCCUUUCUUGACCGCGUUAGUACUAAGAAAAUCAAUUCGUCAGAAGGAACACAAGUGAUCAUUCAAACGGCGAACGGAUUGUUUCCUGUACAAGGAGGAAAUAAACAGAGUAUCCUGAAAAUGCCUAUGAUCGUCAGAACAGAUAUGAAAGAUACUCUGCGCGAUGCGAUAAAUAUGUUACAACAAAUGAAACAAGAUGCUAAUGUGAAUACGUGUAAACUUUGUAUACUUACCAGGGGUAAUAAAAUUCGGGUUGACAAGAAUAUGAUCGAUAAAAAUAUCAUCAAUAAAUGUUAUAUCGUUCAUGUUAGUGACAAAAAUCUUCGUCUUGCAAGACAAUUUGCUAAUGAUAUCGAUUGCCAUUUUGGACAUUUUAAUCAAACAACGCUGGAUGCAUUUAUCGAACAUUUUAUUUUUUAUUUUUGA